AUGUCGAAAAGCGGAGGCAACGCAGAGGUCAUCGCGAAGAAAGGCGACGUUAUACUCCAGCUAGGCAAAGACGGAGUCGGAGAGGGUGUUCGCAACGUCCUUGUCGCAUCCGUGGCUCUUAGCCUCGCUUCACCAGUCUUUGCAGCUAUGUUCGACGGUCGCUUCUCCGAAGGCCACAAUCUCUCGCCAGCUUCACCACGUACAGUUCCGCUCCCGGAUGACGAUCCUGAGUCCAUCAUCAUGAUCUGCAAGAUCGCACACAUCCAGACAUCGCAGCUUCCCGUCAAAACUACCGCCAUGGCAGUGUCCAAACUCGCGCUCGCAUGUAACAAGUACGACUGCGUGGAUGGGGUCCGAUCAUGGGCUAUUAUCUGGAUCGCCGCCCUUCUUGAAGAUCCCGACGCUGCAGACUUCGAGAAGAUGCUGCUUGCUACACAUCUCCUUGAGUUGCCGAGUGAAUUCUCCAGGGUUUCUCAGAGACUGAUGCGAGAUCACAACACGAUCUUCAGCGUCACAAAAGCCAUGGACGGUCACGACUUCUUGCCUUUCCUGGCAAAGAGUCCUGCCAGGCGAGCAACCUAG